UUUUUUUUAUUAUACGUACACUCUCUCCCUCCCUCCUCCUCCUCACUUUCAUUUUCUCAUUCUCCGUAAUUCAAUUCCCUCUUCCUCCUCAUUAUCCUUCUCUCUCGUCGUAUUGUAGAAUAGAUUUCUACAUUAUACUUAACUCAAUAAAACAUAUAAUAAAAUAGAUUUUUUCUUCUUUUUUUUUUUUUUUUUUUUACAACCGCGUUAUAUAUAUAUAUAUAUAUAUCUACAAUCAAUAAUAACAUAUGGAUGGUGGAUAUUAUUCAAAUGAUAAUAGGCCACUGAGUGUGCUAAGGCGUGGAAGAACUUUGAAUAGACCUGAACGUUAUCAACCUGCGGCCCCUCUCUUAACAGGUGCUAGGGAUGCUAAAGAUAAUAAUUGUGAUGUCUGGGUAAUUUUUUCAAAAGUCGUCACAUUUUGGGCACCAGCUUCUUUACUAUCAUCGGUUGGUGGUCUCAAUGAUAAACAAUCUCAACAAGCAUGGCGUGAAAAAAUUGCUUUAUGUUUUAUCGCUGUUAUUAUGGGUGGAAUCGUUGCAUUUUUGACCGUUGGUUUUUCUAAUAUACUUUGUCCUCCUUCUGAAGCUGAUAAUCCUUCUAAAUUUAAACGUUAUGGUGAUUCACCCGGUCAUCUUGGAAUUAAUGGAUGGCAAUUUGACGUUACAAAUGGUUUAUCAAGACCUGGUUUGGAUUUUCAAGCUCUUGAACAAGAACAAAAUGGUCAAGAUAUUACGGUUUUUUUUCAAAGGACAAAUCAGCAAGCUCCUGAUUGUUUAAGACCAGAUAUACAAAAAUUCGCUGCUGUUAAUUUAGAAGUUUGUAGUGAUGAUGCUUGUCCUCUUAAAGAUGUAUUUAUUAAACAAUCAACUUUUGAUCAAUUAAAUAUUGUAAAUAGUUCAACAAAAGUCGGUUACGAUUGGGUUCAAAUUGGACAAUUAAAAAAUUAUUUGGUUAUAAGUGGAAAUGUUUUAAAUCUUGAUCCUUAUAUUAAUAAAUUUCCUGAUCCUAUAGAAGAUGAUAUGUUGGAUAAAACUAUUCGUACAGUUUUAGGAACUGACCAUCUUGAAGGUGGUAAAGAUGGAACCGCUCUUUUCUUUGGAAGACCAGAAACAAAAGCUACUAUUAAUUGUUUGGUUGAAAAAUUUUAUGCUGGAAAUAUUGAUAAAGAAACUAUCGGUUGUUUUAUUUCCGUAAUUUUCUUAUACGUUUCUUUAACCGUCAUUCUUGGAAUUGUUAUGACAAGAUUCAUCAUGGCUUGUGUUUUCAAUUGGUUCAUUUCACAUCGUCUCGCUAAUCAACCAAAAGGUGCUACAAAUUCACCUUCAGUAUCACAAGUUGUUCCAGGUGGUUCACCAUACGGUACUGCUGCUACUACUGGUGGUAUGACUAAAGUCAUGAGUAUGGAAGACGUAGGCAAUGAUUUAUAUACCGUUUUACUUGUUACUUGUUAUUCUGAAGAUGAAGCUGGUUUACGUUGUACUUGUGAAUCAAUGGCUGCUACCGAUUAUCCAAAUGAUCGUAAACUGUUAUUCUUGAUAUGUGAUGGUAUAAUCACAGGUUCUGGUAAUGAUAAAAGUACACCUGAUAUUUGUAUUGAUCUUAUGGAAGUUUCACCUGAAUUCAAAGAUCCUCAACCAAGAAGUUAUGUUGCUAUCGCUGAUGGUUCAAAAAGACAUAAUAUGGCCAAAGUUUAUGCAGGAUAUUUCCCUUGGAAAGAUAGUCGAGUUCCAAUGGUUUGUGUUGUUAAAUGUGGUACACCAGAAGAACAAGGAAAACCAAAACCAGGUAAUCGUGGAAAACGUGAUUCUCAAUUGAUUUUGAUGAAUUUCUUUAGUCGUAUUACUUAUAAUGAUCGUAUGAGUCCUUUGGAUUAUGAUUUAUUCCGUAAAGUUCAUCAUCUUAUGGGUGUUACACCUGAUUUCUUUGAGAUCGUUCUUAUGGUUGAUGCUGAUACAAAAGUUUAUCCUGAUUCAUUGAGAAUACUUAUUAAUUGUAUGUGCAAUGAUCCUUUAAUUAUGGGACUUUGUGGAGAAACAAAAAUUGCAAACAAAAGAGAUUCUUGGGUUACUUCCAUUCAAGUUUUUGAAUAUUAUAUUUCUCAUCAUUUGGGUAAAGGAUUUGAAUCCGUAUUUGGUGGUGUUACUUGUUUACCUGGUUGUUUCUGUAUGUAUCGUCUCAAAGCUCGUAAAGGAGAUGAUGAUUGGGUUCCAAUUAUUACCAAACCUGAAAUCGUUCAAGAAUAUUCUCAAAAUGUUGUUACUACUUUACAUCAAAAGAAUUUAUUACUUCUUGGAGAGGAUCGAUUUUUGACCACACUUAUGUUAAGAAACUUUCCAAACAGAAAAAUGAUGUUUUGUCCACAAGCAAUUUGUAAAACUGUAGUACCUGAUGAUUUUAAUGUUUUACUUUCUCAACGUCGACGAUGGAUUAAUUCAACUAUUCAUAAUUUAUUGGAAUUAGUAUUAGUUAGAAAUCUUUGUGGAACAUUUUGCUUCUCUAUGCAAUUUGUUAUUUUUAUGGAAUUAAUUGGUACCGUAGUUCUUCCAGUUGCUAUCUUAUUAACUUAUGCGUUAAUCGUAUCCAUAAUAUUAAAUCCACCUAAAGAUUUUUCAGCAGCAGUUCCUGUAUUGAUGUUAGUAUUAGUACUUGGAUUACCAGGAAUUUUAAUUUUAAUUACCACAAGAAAACUUGUUUAUAUCACUUGGAUGUUUAUUUAUUUAUUAGCAUUACCUGUAUGGAAUUUUAUUUUACCAACAUACGCUUAUUGGCAUUUUGAUGAUUUCUCAUGGGGAGAAACUAGAAAAGUUGAAGGUGAAGCUAAAGGAGAUGAUCAUAGUAAAAAAGAAGGACAAUUUGAUCCAUCAAAAAUUCCAUUUAAACGUUGGGAAGAUUGGGAACGUGGAAGAAUAAAAAGUAAAAAACGUCAAGAAAAACAAAGACAAAUGCAAUAUAAAACUGCUCCAUCAAAUCAUGUAAUAGAUGAUUAUGAAACUGCAUCAAACAUUUCUUCUCCAGAUGGAGGACAACAAUAUUUUGAUUAUAGUAAUAAUUCUCGAUCACAACAACAACAACAAUAUGAACCCUAUCCACAGUAUAAUAAAGGUGCCGCUCCACAAGAAGAAUAUUAUUAUCCUGAAAGAGGACAAUAUGGUCAAAAUCAAGAAAGAUACGAUCAAGAACAAUAUAAUAAUAAUCAGUAUGAUCAAGUGCAAUAUGAUCAAGUGCCAUAUGAUCAAGGACAAUAUGAUCAAGAGCAAUACGAUCAAGGACAACAUAAUCAAGGGCAAUAUCAACAUAAUCAAGGGCAAUAUCAACAUAAUCAAGGAAGAGGACAAUAUGAUCAAGAUUAUUAUCAAAGACGGGUUUAAAAAAAAAAAAAAUUUCAUUUUUUUUAUUGUAUAGAUAAUUAGUUUUUUUCCCAAUCAAACAAAAUUCAAUUAUACCUGGAAGUAUUUUUGAUUUUUUCCCUUUUUUAACAUUAUUUUUGUAAUAUUACUUUUUUUACUCUUU